AUGAUUCGUCAUACUCGUCUACGUUCUCCUUGCUCAUAUCAAGCUGCUUCAGCUGUCCAGGAAUCCCUUGUACGCUCUUACUUAGACAAGAAAGCUACCGGCUCGUUUGAUGCAACGGUCAAUAUCUUGACUAUGGAGAUGCUACCAGUCUACACCACUGGCCGUCGAGAGCGUGGCCUCAUGUCUCCGGGAAAGCUAGCUAGUCUCAAGCUGCCGCAUGCAGACACUGGCGUGAUCCCUACCGUGGUUGAAGCACUGCGAGGUGGUCAGACCACGGUACAUACACCAGGCCAGCUUGUUGCUUAUCCCAUUUUCGACCUCAAAGCAUAUGAUCUCUCCCCUCGAUGCUAUGUGCAUCUCCUUGAAUCUAGCAUCAUUCAAACGCUUGCUCAAUACAAUAUACAAGCGAAACGGACAAGCAAUACAGGCGUUUGGGUUUCAGAGCAAGCCAAAAUCGCAGCAAUUGGUAUUCACCUACGUCGCAACAUUACAAGUCAUGGUAUCGCCCUUAACAUCUGCAACGAUCUGUCUUGGUUCUCGAGAAUAGUGGCUUGUGGCCUUGCAGGCAAGCAGACGACAAGUAUGGUGGAACAAGGCGUAAACAACGUUAUUGUACAAGAUGUGGCAAGGAUAUGGAUUCAGCAGAUGGCUCAACUCCUCAAGAUUGAUGCAGCAAUGAUUGACACUACAGAGGCUUCCCCCUAG